GCAAGUAAAAGUGCUCGCUGUCCUCCCAGAGGACUUGAGUUCUGUUCCUGACACUCAUAUAGGGUGGCCCACAAUUACCUUUCACCUCCAGCUCCAGGGGCUCCAAUGCCCUCUUCUGACCUCCGAGGGCAUAUGCACUCAAGUGGUAUAAACCCACACCUAUAUAUAUGAAAAAAAAUGAAAGAAAACCAAACCAACCAACGAACAAAAAUCCCCAAACAACAAAAAAUUAUAACAGAAUCCAUACAGGUUAUAUACACAGGCUAAUAGUUACUUUUAAAUAGGGCAGUCGUAAUAAAUAGAAAUGAAUAUCAAAAUAGAGGGCAUAUAAAUCACAUAGAGCAUUUUCCUAGGGAGUAUUCUUUUUAGGACUUUACGAAUGUCAGGUAACAUGGUACUCCAUGGUUAAUCCUGUUCCCCCUUUGCAGAGGAUCACAGCAAAGUUAUUUGUCCUUGGUUCCACAGCUUGUAAAUGGCAGAGCCAAGAAGCAGCUUCCACCUCUGACUUUCAAGACACACACACCAGACAGUGAGUGAGCUUCCCUGCCUCUGACGCAGGACGUUGAACACUGUGUGCUGUCAAUGCCAGCAUCGGCCCAGUAGGUGCUCCUGCCAUGGUUCUUGCUCCGCCAGGGCUGAUGGCACACCCUCCUUUCUUUUCCCCUAACGCUUCUCAGCCAGUCUUCAGCAGAUCUUGUUUGCUCUUUUGUCUCAACCCUGCUCAGGCUGUUGCCAGUCCUGGAGCACUUUGUCCUUUCUACUAAUGUCCUGAGGUCAGCUCUGCCUCCUCCCAUUGCCACACAUGAGCUUUUUAUGGCGUACAGCUCUCUCCACGAGCCCUGCCUCGCUGCCGUUUGUUACAAGUUGCUUUGAAUGCUAUGGAGUGUCAUAUUCUCCACGCUUCUGUUGGAGCAGGCCACGUGCCUCUUUAGCAGAGAGCUGAAGGCCAGGGGUGAACUUGACAGACAGUAGUAACCUGAUCUUUCCAGAAACAUUGAGCUAGAGGGCAGGUGCCCUUGCCCUUUGGCACUAACUCCGCCCUCCCAGCACUAAGUGGGCACCGAGGGACAGGUGGUGACUAUCCAUUCAUUCAUUUAGUUGAGCGCCUAGUAUCGACUAGUUAGGCCGUGCGAUAAAUGCUGAGGAUAUGGCCGGAGACAAGAGGCCCACUCAGUCAGCACCACUGUUAGAAUUUACCACGCAGUUCGGUCUGAGGGUCCCCAGCAUCCUCUGGGCCUCAGAUUCAGUAAAGAAAAUAAGUGGUUGGGAACCGAAGCUGAGGGCAGGAGGCUGGAGUGGCAGUGAGUACCUACGUCUCUGGAAACCAGACUCCACAGGCAGUGCAAAGACCCCGUUCUGGGUGAGGUCGCCGGUGCCACAUGAGGCACAAACAUGACAUGGGAAACCGGUGGAGCUUGUGCAGCCAGAAUUGGCUUGGUUGGGAUGGGACUGGGCACACUUAGGAGUCAAAACUCUAGGGAUUCAGGGCUGAGACGCUGGUGUGUGCAUUCCGAUUCCAGGACUGUUGUUUGUGUGUGUUACUUUGAGCAAAUCUCUUAACCUUCCCAGACCUCAUUUUCUUCAUCAGUGAAAUGGGUUUCCAAUAACCCUAGGGCUAAGUGCCCGGAAAGCUUCCCCCCGCGCAGCGCCCGUACAGAAAAAUACUCGGGAAAGGAGGCAGUGAUCCACGCUGCUCACACCUCGUGGGGUUCUCCGGCUUCCCCGGGGUCCCGGCGACAGCCAGUCUUUUCCAAGGGACCCGGUCCUAGCCCAUUAAGGGCGAGUCCCGCUUUGAUAUAUUUAUUUGCUUGCUUGGGCGGAGCUUGGAGCAUAACAAGGAGGAGGCGGAGGCGGAGAGCACAGAGAAAGGGAAGCCACCCGGGGGCAGCAGGCUAGCCAGGCGGGGCUGGGGAGGAGUCAAGCCGGGUUCCAACCACACGGCGCUGCGCGCAACAAGAGCCUCGGGCGGCGGAGACAGGGGCGGGGACGACGCUUGUAGGCCAAUGGUGCUCGGCGCUACCGCAAGGGCGGUGCAGGAACCCCAGCCGCUGACAGUCAAAGUAACCAACUCCGCCCUAGUGCCCGCGGGAUCCCGGAGCCCGAGCCCUAGCGGGGCUGAGGCCGCCCAAAGCGCGCUGCGAGCAAGCGAAUAUGGCAGCAGAAUGAGGAGCCUUGCGCCGGGUGGUGACCGCCGCUGCGGUGCUGCAGCUCGCAAUCGGCGCUUGGCACGCCACGAACUGCAUUCUUAGUCGGCCUCCGGGUUAUUUCAUUCCGCACCAAGGACCGCGGAAAAAGGAGAUCCGUAGCCCAGAGAGGGAGCUAGGAGGCGGGAGCGCGACUCGGGAGAGAUUCUGCGGGGAUGAGCCGGCCAUGGGGCGGCCUCGGCGGGGCGCACGGAGCCGGCCGGCGCAUCGGCUGGACCGCUGCCUGAGCCCGGGCUCCACGGGACUUCGGGGCCUCUUGCGUCCCGGCGGAGUCCCUGACGCUGUCUCUGGGAAGGACACGAUACCUGCGUGGCGGACACUGCAGCGAUCACAGCACUGAGGCUCCCGGAGCCUACAGGGUCUGCGGUUUGGUGUGCUGUCACACCGCCGCACGCGGGCGCCUUGCCCGGGGCUCGGCGACUGGCGCAGCGCAGCGAGGUCGGCUGCAGGAGCCGGGGACUGCGGGACUAGCCGGAGAGGCGUGCGCGCGGGUGAUCCCGGCAGAAGCAGAGCCGGACGGACCUGAGCAGCCAUGCUUCCCGGGGUGGGCGUGUUCGGCACCAGCCUCACGGCCCGUGUCAUCAUCCCGCUGCUGAAAGAUGAGGGCUUCGCGGUGAAGGCACUGUGGGGCCGCACUCAGGAAGAAGCCGAGGAGCUGGCCAAGGAGAUGAGUGUUCCUUUCUACACUAGCCGCAUCGAUGAGGUGCUGCUGCAUCAGGAUGUAGAUUUGGUGUGCAUCAACCUGCCGCCGCCGCUAACCAGGCAAAUCGCUGUCAAAACCCUGGGCAUAGGCAAGAAUGUCAUUUGUGACCGAACCGCGACGCCGCUGGACGCCUUUCGCAUGAUGUCAGCAGCCCACUACUACCCCAAGCUCAUGAGCAUCAUGGGCAACGUGCUGCGCUUCCUGCCAGCCUUCGUCCGCAUGAAGCAGCUGAUCGAGGAGGGCUAUGUGGGCGAGCUGCUGGUGUGUGAGGUGCAGGUGCACAGCGGGAGCCUGCUGGGCAAGAAGUACAACUGGAGCUGCGACGACCUGAUGGGCGGUGGCGGCCUGCACUCCGUGGGCACCUACAUCAUCGACCUGCUUACCUUCCUCACUGGCCAGAAGGCGGUUAAAGUCCACGGGCUGCUCAAGACCUUUGUAAAGCAGACGGACCACAUCAAGGGUAUCCGUCAGAUCACCAGCGACGACUUCUGCACCUUCCAGAUGGUCCUGGAGGGUGGAGUCUGCUGCACAGUUACCCUGAACUUCAACGUUCCUGGAGAGUUCAAGCAGGACGUGACCGUGGUGGGCUCUGCAGGGCGGCUCUUGGCAGUGGGCACCGACCUCUACGGGCAGCGCAAUAGCGCCCCGGAGCAGGAGCUGCUGUUGCAGGACACUACAUCCGUGAGCAACUCCCUGCUGCCCGAGAAGGCAUUCAGCGACAUCCCCUCGCCCUACCUGCGGGGCACCAUGAAGAUGAUGCAGGCAGUGCGCCAGGCUUUCCAGGAUCAGGAUGACCGGCGCACGUGGGACGGUCGGCCUCUCACCAUGGCAGCCACCUUCGACGACUGCCUGUAUGCUCUCUGCGUGGUAGACACCAUCAAGAGGUCCAGCCAGACGGGAGAGUGGCAGAACAUUGCCAUCAUGACCGAGGAGCCAGAGCUGAGCCCCGCCUACCUGAUCAGCGAGGCCAUGCGCAGAAGCAGGAUGUCCCUCUACUGUUAGCACUGGGACCUGGUGGACUCGACCUGCUGCACGGUGCCAGUUAGGGGGAAAUGCACUGUGGAGAGGGGGGAGCCGUGGGUGGGGAUUGUGGGAGGGGCAGCAUGAAUAAGCGGCACGUAAGAAGGUAGUCCCCAUCCUAGGUAGAGGGCCCCAUCAAAGGUGGUGGUGGUGGUGAGCCCGAGAUUUCGUAUUCAGGAAGACGUGUGAAAGGAAGGGGGUAUAACUAGCACCUCUGUAGUCCAUUACUGUGAGAAGCAAGGAGGGGCCGCCCCCGCCCUACCUCAUCCAUCCGUUGUGGCCAUCUUUGCAAGCCAAGGCUGUGUAUCUGAUAAGCUCAGUGGGAGCUAGGCUCUGUCAGCGCCCCCCACUGGCAGGAGAGGGCACUUCAUCAAAUGUCUUCAAAGGGGUUUUUCGGUUUUGCUUUUUUUUUUUUUUGUGGUGGAGGGAGGUAGAGGAGGUGGGUGGGGCUGGUGAGAAAGUUGUCAUUGGGGAAGCCACUGUGUGUUUUACUUUAAGGAUAUGAAGGAAAAGUACUUGGUAGCAAAGUGCUCAGCUUCCUUGCUUGCUUUGUGUCCUAGGAAGCAUUAGGGCCUAACUGGCUCAAUGCUGUUUACUUGGUAAGCGGCGUCUGUAAUGGAGAGCAAACAAGUGGUAAUCUGUACCCCUGAGGUGACCCCAGAUGACAGACGGGCUUCAAGAAGCCACUUCAGAAGGGGGUGGAACCAGCACGAGCGGCAAUCAAACCGUCCUGCCACAAGGCUGUCUAAGCAGUGCUAAGAAUGCCACACAUAGCAUGGGCUUGACUGUAGCUGCCUGCCUGGGUCAGGACAGCUACAUUCCUGGGUGUCGCAGUAUGAGCGCUCCAAAAGAAGGGAACACAAACGAGCCCAGCCCCAGAGUUGCUGUAAGCCCAGCUGCCAAGCAGAAGAAACACAUUUAGGAGGAAAGACAUUAGACAUUUGUGAGUUUAGAUAGGAAGCCGUUCGCUUCAUGCCCAUAGACUCCUUUUCUCUUAAGAAGAGUCGGGCCGGGCGGUGGUGGCGCACGCCUUUAAUCCCAGCACUCGGGAGGCAGAGGCAGGCGGAUC